UGGCAUCCCCGGGUGGCCGAGUUUAGUAGGUUGUGAAAGAGGAAGUGAGCGCGGCCACGGCGGAUCGUCAGUGUAGCUUUGGCGCGUGUGUAGGUUGGACGCUGCCGCUCCCGACCAGCAUGAUUGUGGCCACGUGACUCCGCGGCGUCGGAUGGAACACAGGUGGAAUGCGACCAGCGACGACUGUUUUGUGCCAUUCUGUCGUGGUGGAAGGUUCAUGCCGUUCGACGAGAGGAAAUGAUUUUGUUUUGGCCUUUUUAUCUUAGAAGAAAAAGGAAAAAAAGUAUUUUGGGUUUCGUUUCUACAGAAUCCGCCUUUGAAGCCCUUCUUUUUUUUAGUGUACAGUAUAAUGGGGAUGUGUUGCAAGUGUAUGAAUUGUAGCUAAGGUAUCAGUGCCUAGUUGAGCGUAACCGUGCAUGCGCACCUAUACAUCUGUAGAUAAACAGAGCAGAGCUUAAGCGCGGAGUUCGCGCCCGGCUGUGUCACCGACUGUGAUAUUGAAGGAUCUCAGGAAUCGCUGCCUCCCAGGAUGCACGACGUCGACAGGUAUCGUGGCUCCUGCCUCUUUGUCUCCAAGCCCCGGGGGCGCGGCCAGGCCCAUCUCAGGACCCGUGGCCCCAGCCAGGAAAACAGUGGCGGCGGGGGCGGGGGCGGCAAUCACAGCAGCUCGCACGGCGCCCACCCUCCGCCUCACAUGGACUCCAGCUACGUGAUGGAGGGAGGGUCGGCCCUGGCGGGGAUGCCGCUGUUCUCGUUCCUGCCGCAGCGGCGCGGCUCCUUGUGGAACCCCGGCCGCGUGCAGCACCAUGGGCGGCAGCAGCGCUCGCCGUCGCAUCAUCAGGCCGGUGGGGCCGCAGGAGCCCUCAGGAGGAAGCGAUGCGGGCGACGGCCUCUUCUCCUCCGAGGACGGCGACGAGCUGGAGAGGCUGCCGCUGGCCCGCCUGGCCCUCCACACCCAGGGCGCCCCGCUCAUCCUGCCCUCCAGGAGCUCUCCCCGCUCCUCGCCGCCCUGCUCAGGCCUCGGGGCGCGUCCCGUGAGGGAGCUGGCGCACGGAGACGCCUCGCCCCCCGCUGGCAGCGACGCCGUGUCGGUCACUUCCGACGAAGGCAGCACCGGCCACGCCGACACGUCUCUACCUCGGAUCAUCAAGCCCCGCAAGCGGCGCAAGAAGGACCGCAAGCCCGCGCCGGGCUCGCCGCCCCCCGGCCCCGGCGAGGGCGAGCGGGGCGCGGACCCGGAGGCGGCGGACGCCUCGGGCUCCAUCGUGACGCUCAAGCCCUACAUGCCCAUGUGCUACAACUACGACGCCGCCGGGGACGACCAGGGCCCCCGGGGCUGCGAGAGCUCGCGCGCCUGCGGGUGCGGACACUGCGUGGCCGGGCACGUGUUCCGCGCAGCCAGCUGGUGCGGUCGCUGAGCGAGCCGCAGCCCGCGCACCCGACCAUACACAUUUCCUCCACAGUGAUGCACUCGUUCGCGGGCCACCGCGAUCUGGAUAUUCGAAUAUUGCGGAGCGUCCCGCGGGACGUUCCCACUCGGACGAGACAUUGGUCAGUACCUGCGGCCGCCCGCAACCACCCGCACCCUACCCACACGCCGCAAGCCCGCGGCUCCAGCUCAUAUCCUUCGUCAGCGUGUUCGGCCGUGUCGCUCCUGGACGGAGGGGCGUCGCAGUCUCCGAGCUAUGCAGCCAUUGCUGCCUCAUUUGCAUACGGCUUAUCGGGACGACCGCACCUGCCGCAGAAUGCCUCGUGCGGACAUUGCGACCUUCUUGAGCCCAGGUGCCGAUCGCGGCUUUCUUCCAUGGAGCUUGUGUUCGGUCCUGUUUGGACCGACAUGGCUUGCCCUGGGUUGGCUGUGUCUGAUUUCUCGCGGCUCGCCUGGCAUGGCUGCAGGUUGAUUUUCAGCGACUCUUUCAACGUGUUCGUGUGGGCGCCGCUAGGGAGGUCAAGAAGGGAAAAUGGGUUGUCAGUGUUGGUAGUGGAUGAAGGCUUGGUCUGCACACUACAUUUGUUCGCAGGACGCAAGGUCGCCGGGAUAUUUUUUACGAGCUAUGACAUACUAGUGAACCUUGAGAGGGAUCUGCUGUACUGUGAUGGGCAGUUAGGACUAGGAGCAGCUGACGGCGUGACAUGGCGGAUAUGGCGCAGCGGCGGUGACAGCAGCGGCGCCCCGCGGGGAAGAACUGCAGAGUGUUGGAGUCGAGUAUGCAGGGUUCACGGGAAUUUCCACCUGGGGACUUCCGUGUCGGAGUUUCUUCCAAGAUCCCGGGAAAGUGUGCGUGCCUACAGACUGUGA